UUUACGUUUCGUUCGCGCUCACGCUGGCGCGCUGUUUUGGGUGACAGGGCCGGAGUGGUAGGUUUAUACCUGUUUUCUAACGGCACUGUUGCUACUUUUAUAAUUAAUAUAUGUCACACAAGAGCCUUUGGCACGGAAUUUUGUACCAGACUCCAGAGGAUGAAGUAACAAACAUCGGCCUAGGCUAAGGAGAUAUUUUUAUAUAGACUGAAACUUUUUCAUUUAAGCAUCAUGAUGAUGUGCAGCAAUGUCCUCUUAAAUCAAUUGAGGCCCAUGGGGUCAAAGGUGAUGGCAGCACCUUACCUUCCUCAUUGCACCUUUCUUCCAGCGCUGUGUCUUUCGACGUCCUGCGUCCGCAAUGGCCGUAAGAAGUCCAGCCAGUACAGCUCAGUGGACACGGGGAAGUAUUCGUCCCUGGUGAAAUCGGUGGUGUCCUCACGAACAAGUCCCCAGACUCCGGCCAGCCUUGAGGAGGAGGACAGGCACAUUUACGGCCCUGUUGUCAAAUCCAAACCUCCCUCUGAACCGGCACGAAGCACUCCCAGAAACCCCUAUCCGCUGCUGUGUCCCACCAAAACACCGCACCCAACGCUGCCAGAGAACGAUGAAGGAAUCCCAGCUCGCAUUACUCUGCAGAGAGGCCCCGGCAAGUCGGUGGUUCCCAGCGUGACCCGCAUACUGCAGCAGACCAUGUCCCCUGAGCAGUCCUUCUACCUGGAGCGCUGGAGGCAGAGAAUGAUUGCGGAGCUGGGAGAAGAAGGAUUCAAGGAGUACACCUUGAAUAUUUUCAGACAAGGGAGAUGCUUCCACUCAGCUCUGGAGAGCAUUUUAAUGCCAGGCAAGAUUGCACCGGAGGAUGAAGGCUCUUCAGAGUUGGUGGAAGGGUACAUAGAGAGUGUCCGGCAUGUUCUGGAUGACAUUCGUGGAGUGAGGGCUAUUGAGAGUGUCGUAAAGCAUCCAUCCCUGAACUACCUGGGCCUCGUGGACUGUGUGGCUAUGUACAGGGGGAGGCUGUGUGUGAUCGAUUGGAAGACAUCCGAGAAGCCCAAACCCUUCCUCCGGAACACGUACGACAAUCCCAUACAGAUUGCUGCCUACGUAGGGGCCAUUAACAGUGACGACAACUAUAAUUACCAGGUGGAAAAUGGCCUGGUGGUUGUGGCCUACAAAGACGGUUCACCUGCUCACAGCCACUUCAUGGCCCUGGACCUUUGUCAGGAGUACUGGACUCGGUGGCUGCUCCGACUCGAGGAGUUUGCGGAGAAGAAGCAACUUACAUCAGACCGUCAUUAGUCAGCGACUGAAGCCGAAAUGUGUGCUUGCAAAUGAGGAGCGUUAGUCUCUAAAUGCUGUGCAAAAUGUGCUUCCUAAUUUCCAGGAAAGUUUCCUGAUUAUUUUGUUAAUGCUUAUUUUGAGAAGGUUGCUGUACUGUUCUGGGAGACAUCUUUAUGUCCAGAAUAAAAUAUUUUUUCAGCUUAACAUAAUGCGUGUUUUCAGUGU